GACCUCUGACAUUUGACCUCCCGGUCCGUGCGGUGGGGUGAGCUGGAAGGGAAGAUUUUCCAUGGAAACGGUUUGUGCUGCUUGAAAGGGAAGAUGAAGCUGUAUUGCUUGUCUGGUCAUCCGACAUUGCCAUGUAAUGUCUUGAAGUUCAAAUCAACCACCAUUAUGCUCGAUUGUGGGUUAGACAUGACCUCGGCCCUUCAUUUCUUACCUUUGCCGCUUGUCCACAGCCCAAGACUUUCUAAGCUCCCAGGCUGGAUUUCAAAAGAUGGUAACGCCAUGCUUGAAAAGGAGCUGAAAGAUUGUGCUGGACGAGUAUUCGUUGACUCUGUGCCAGAGUUCUGUCUGCCAGAGACAGAGUUGUUGGACCUCUCCACUGUAGAUGUGAUCCUGAUAUCAAAUUAUCACUGUAUGAUGGCAUUGCCAUAUAUUACAGAGCACACUGGCUUCACUGGCACAGUCUAUUCCACUGAACCCACAAUGCAGAUUGGAAGGCUUCUCAUGGAAGAGCUGGUCAACUUUAUGGAGCGUGUACCAAAGCCACAGUCUGCCACCAAUUGGAAGAAUCGGGAAAUGCUCAGGCACUUACCUGCACCUCUAAAGGAUGCUGUGGAAGUUUUAACAUGGAAACGUUGUUACACAAUGCCAGAGGUUAACUUGGCCCUAAGCAAGGUUCAGCUCGUAGGGUAUUCUCAGAAAAUAGAGCUUUUCGGUGCAGUACAGAUCACUCCACUCAGCUCAGGCUACUGUUUGGGCAGCUCCAAUUGGAUCAUCCAGUCGCACUACGAGAAAGUGGCUUAUGUGUCUGGAUCCUCAUUGCUCACCACACACCCACAGCCCAUGGAGCAAACCUCCCUGAAAAAUAGUGAUGUCCUCAUCCUGACUGGACUGACGCAGAUUCCGACCGCUAAUCCUGAUGGCAUGUUGGGUGAAUUCUGCAGUAACCUAGCUGUGACUGUCCGAAGUGGUGGGAAUGUCCUGGUUCCAUGCUACCCCUCAGGAGUAAUUUACGACCUUCUGGAAUGUCUGUAUCAGUACAUCGACUCAGCCGGACUCUCCACUAUCCCAUUUUAUUUCAUCUCUCCUGUGGCCAACAGCUCGCUGGAGUUUUCCCAGAUCUUUGCAGAGUGGCUUUGUCACAACAAACAAUCCAAAGUCUACUUGCCGGAGCCACCAUUCCCGCAUGCAGAGCUGAUUUUGACCAAUAAAUUGAAGCACUAUCCCAGUAUACAUGGGGAAUUCAGCAAUGACUUCAAGCAGCCAUGCGUGGUAUUUACAGGCCAUCCCUCCCUACGAUAUGGGGAUGUUGUUCACUUCCUGGAGCUGUGGGGAAAAUCCAGCCUAAACACCAUCAUUUUCACAGAACCGGAUUUCUCCUACCUUGAUGCUUUGGCACCAUACCAGCCACUGGCUAUGAAAUGUGUUUACUGCCCAAUUGACACUCGAUUAAACUUCAUCCAAGUUUCAAAAUUAUUGAAGGAGGUUCAGCCAUUGCAUGUUGUGUGUCCGGAACAAUAUACUCAACCUCCACCUGCCCAGUCGCACCGCACCGAUCUGAUGAUUGACUGCCAGCCCCCGCCAAUGGCCUACCGGAGGGCUGAAGUGCUGACCCUCCCCUUCAAAAGGCGCUAUGAGAAGAUUGAGCUCAUGCCUGAUCUUGCUGAGUCCCUGGUGCCUUCAGAGAUAAAACCUGGCAUCUCUAUGGCGACCGUGUCUGCAGUACUUCAGACCAAAGACAAUAAGCACAUUCUACAGUCACUCCCAAAGUCAAUGCAGCCACAAACUGGCAAGAAGAGGAAGCGGGCAAACGAUGAUACUCCUGAAUUCAAGCCUCCCAAACCACUACUGUGUGGAUCGAUCACCAUUGAACAAUUUGUACAGAGCCUAGAGAAGCAUGGCAUCACAGAUGUCAAGGUUGAGGACACACCAGAGGGACACAUUGUCCACCUUCAGUCUGAAGACACCUUAGUCCAAAUUGAAGAAGAUUCCACUCAUAUUAUUUGCGACAACAAUGAGCCACUUCGCACCAAGCUCCGUGACUUAGUCCUCAAAUUUCUACAAAAGCUGUGAGAGUGGUUUUGACUUUUUUGUGACUAUUUUUAGCAGCUUGUGCAUUUUGGACUCGCUGACCGGAGCAUAAUAUAAAUGGUUGUUAAAGGAUACUGUGCUCUGUCAUAGGAGUAGGUCAUUCAGCCCCUCAAGUCUGUUGUACCAUUUAUUAAGAUCAUGGGUGUUCUAUAUCUUCAUCUUGCUUAUGUUACACUUAAUAACCUCACCUAUCAAAAAUCUAUCAAACUUAGUUUUGCAAUUUUCAAUCGACUAUCUAAUCUCAAUAGUCUUUGGAGAGUUCUCAAUUUUAACCUCCAAUGAACAAUUUUCUGACAUUACUCCUGAACAGCUAAGCUCAUGUUUUAAGACCGUGCUAACUUUGUUUUGGAAUCAAGUACCAAAGGAAACAUUUCCUUUUUCUUUUUUGCUUUCUCUGUUCCUCUUGCUCGUUUUCUGUCUCCCUCUCUGUCUCUCUGUCUCUCUCUCUCUUCAAUACCAAAACCAUUAAUCAUUGCAAGUAUUGUGCGAGGUAAUCUCAAAUAGAGCAACCCUUGAUCUCUAUUCACGGACACACAUAAACAGACGCUGACAAAAUGGCAAGUGUGAAGCUUGGAGCAUUUAAAACCUUCACCUUGACAUUCAGGCUAGAUAAAAGCUUUGAUCUCAUUCCCUGACCACGCACAUAGAGUUUGAAGUAUUACGAGUGAAAGGGGAGGAGUUAAUCAAUUGAUAGCAUAAUGCUGAUGUUGGCUGUGACUGAGUUGGUAACCCUUUUGAUUGAUUCAGAAAGUUGUGGAGUUUAAUUCCCCCUGCAGAGACUACAGAAAAAUGUAGACUGAUGCUUCAGUGCUGUACUGAGUGAGUGCAGCACUAUCAGAAGGGCUGACCUUUUGAUUAAACAUUAAACCAAGACCCAUCAGCCUUUUCAGGUGCACAUAAAAAGUACAAGGACAGAGUUCAGAAAAAGAACAGGGGAGUUCUUCCUGGUAAUGAAACCAAUACUUAAUCGUCAAUCAAUAACAGUAUUUGGACAGUUUCCAUUUACUCGUCGUGGGAGCUUGUUCUGUGAAAAUUAGCUGGUGACCAUCAAAACUAUUUGAUUGACCGAAAACUUCUUUGAGCCAUCCUGUGAUGGUGAAAAGACCUAUGUUCAUGUCACUGAACUUCCAAGUCCUUGAUGUGUGAUAGAUUCCGUAAAGGAGACUAAUUGAGCAUGACAUUUCCACCACAAACCUGUUAAAAAUGGUUUCCAGUUGAUUUUCCAGGCAACCCUAUUUGCGAUGUCUGUUUUGUGAAACCUUCAAUGGAAAUCAUUUGGUGGGGGACUGUUUUUUUGCUCCUCACUGGUUUUCACAUAGCAUCCAUUAGAAAAAAAAAUCAAUAUUCCAGCAGAAUCCGAAGUGUAAGAUCUGGCAUUGCUCUGGGUUUGUUUUCAUCCAAGCCUCAAAGUGCUUUGCAUAUUGUAUUGAUCACUGAAUAUUGGAGUGCAUUACAUCCAUCAAUCUAAUAGGCAUCAACACAAAUGUAAUUAGCAGGUGUCCUUUUUGACAUUUCUGCAUGUACUAAUUGAUUGUUUUAUGAGGAUUUUUAUAUUUUGUUUCAAGUGUAAAAAAUUGUUUUAAAUGAAAAUGUAUAUUUGUAACACCACUAUCAGAAAACCAAGUAGGGAGGAAUUGCGAGAAUAAAAGCUCACUUUGAAAGGUA